AUAAUUUAGCACAUACGAUUCCUUUCUCUGAUGCUUGCUUUGCCCGAAAGUUUAUAUAUAGCUUCCUUAAUUACUAUAUAUCUGCUAGCUUCAACAUUUUCUUUAGCAUUCCUUUGAAACAUAAACACGCACCUAGAGAUCCAUUAAAUGGAGAGAACAAAGUCAUCCCUUCUUCAAAUUCAACCCCCAACCUAUGGAAACCUAAUCACCAUUCUCAGCAUCGAUGGGGGUGGUAUCAGGGGCAUCAUUCCCGCUACCAUUCUCGAAUUCCUCGAAUCUCAACUCCAGGAACUGGAUGGUGAAGAAGCAAGGCUUGCAGACUACUUUGACGUGAUUGCAGGAACCAGCACGGGGGGUCUCGUGACCGCCAUGCUCACUGCUCCGGAUGAACAGAAGAGACCACUUUUUGCUGCCAAAGAUAUCAAGCCCUUUUACCUGGAGCAUUGUCCAAAGAUAUUCCCGCAAAAAUUCUCAUUUGGACCGAUUGGAAAAUUGUUCAGAUCAAUGGCUGGUCCCAAGUACGAUGGCGAAUACCUUCACCAGGUGGUGAGACAGAAGUUGGGAGAAACUAGGUUGCACGAGACACUUACCAACAUUGUCAUCCCCACCUUUGACAUAAAGGCGAUGCAGCCAGCCAUAUUCUCGUCCUAUCAGAUCAAGAAGUCCCCUUGUUUGGAUGCUAGACUAUCUGACAUAUGCAUUAGCACCUCUGCUGCACCAACCUAUCUUCCAGGCUACCACUUCAAGAACCAAGAUCCCGAAGGCAACGUCCGUGAAUUCAAUCUUAUUGAUGGCGGUGUCGCUGCAAAUAAUCCUACUUUAGUCGCCUUGAACCAAGUAACGCAGCAGGUCAUCGUUGAAAAUCCUGACUUCUUCUCCAUCAGGCCCAUGGAUUAUGGUCGCUUCCUCAUAAUCUCGAUAGGCACAGGCACAGCAAAGAAUGAGCAAAAAUUCAACGCAAAAAUGGCUGCCAGAUGGGGAGUGCUGGAUUGGUUAACCCACGGCGGUUCUACUCCUUUGAUCGACGUGUUUACCCAAUCCAGUGCUGAUCUCGUCGACUUCCAUUUAGCCACCGUCACCCAAGCCCUUAAUUCACAGGAUCACUACCUUCGGAUACAGGACGAUACGUUGAUGGGUACGGUUUCUUCGGUGGAUAUUUCUACAGCAGAUAAUCUGGAGAAACUGGGCCAAAUUGGUGGAGAGCUGUUGAAGAAACCAGUCUCAAGAGUCAAUUUAGAGACGGGUCUCUGUGAACCCGUCGAAAAUGGCGGGACCAAUGAGGAUGCCCUUAAAAAAUUUGCCAAGAUACUUUCCCAAGAAAGAAGAUUGCGGGAAAUGACAUCUCCACAUACGGUCAAGGCAGCAAGGACUAACAGAUUGUCUAUAUAGUGUCCACAGUCACCGCCAGAUUAUUUGAUUAUUUCUCGUUGUUCUGUAAUAGAAUUAGUCAAUUUGAUUCGUUAUAUAUUUAUUUGAUUUCCCUGUCCACUGUUCUGUUGAAGAAGGUAUAAUAUUUUUCUUUCGUGCUGUAACGUUAAUACUCAACUAAUCAUGUUCUUCAAUAAAGCCCUAAAUUGAUGUCUAUGUCAAAGUAUUUUAAUUUUUGUCAUGAAAGUAUAGCUUAUAUCAGUGUAUAAUAUCUGGCUUUUAAUAAUG